CGCUUAGGUUGAUAUAGAAGUGUAAGGAGGACACCCAUCUCUUGAUUUUUAUCUCUUUGUCUGUUUCACUUGGUUCUAUCAUCCACUGCUAUGGCAGAGGGCACAACAAUGGUGUUGAAAGUUGACCUUCAGUGCUACCGCUGCUAUCAGAAGGUCAAGAAAGUGCUCUGCAAAUAUCCGGAAAUAAGAGACCAGAAAUACGAUGAGAAGGCAAAUACGGUGACCAUCACUGUGGUCUCCAUCGAUCCUCAGUGUAUCAAGACCAAGAUAAGCAGCAAGGCCGGAAGUUGCAUCAAAAGCAUUGAGAUUAAACCGCCUGAAAAGAAAGCACCUACUGAAACAAAAGAUAAAGAUAAGCCCCCUAAGAAGGAACCUGAGACAAAAAUAGUAUGGAUACUUUGUAAGGUAUGCAACACGUGGCAUCCUGAAGGCCCAUGCAACCAGACCAUAUAUAUUCCACUCCCACUGGCAAAGGCAUGCAAUGAGAAUUGCGGGAAAAAAAUGUGUUGUAAUGGUUGUGGGGGCAGUGGGUGCAAAAGCUGCUUAGGUCAUGGGUGGAUCAGCUGGUAUUGUGGUGCUUGUAGCAGCAGCAAGGCUUCAUGUAAAGGUUGCGGUAGCUCUUCGUGUAGCGGAUGCAGCAACUGGUCGUCCUGGUCAUGCAGCGGGUGUGGAAGCUCUUCUUGUGGAGGGUGUUGCAUAGGUUGCGGAAACAAAUCAUGUGGUGGGGGUUGUAGUGGUAGUGGUGGAUACGGAUACGGAUACUACAAUAGCUGGAGUUGCAGAGGGUGCAACAGCACCUCUUGCGGAGGAUGCAAAGGCUCUUUUUCGUCUUUAUGUAAGGGGUGCGGCAGCUUUUGGUGCAAGGGUUGUGGUGGUGGUGGUGGAUCAUGUGGUUGUGGGAGGUGCGGCCGUUGUUAUGAUGGGAGUGAACAUAAAACGUCAGGUUAUUGUACACCCAUGUGAGGUGGAGAGUGGAUAAAAUGUAUAAUCUAUUCCAUUUGAGUGCCUGCCUUGGCUUGUUCUUUUACGUUUUGUUUUUCUUUAUUAUUACGAAAUUUGGGUUUGCUAUUUGCAAUGUUGAAGCAGGGGAGGAGAUGAAUAAAAUGGAUGAGUGGAGUUGUGGUUGAAUUUUCUUCAUUUGCGGUUGGUUGAGGAGGAGUUUACCAGCCUCUGACCGUAUGUCUUUACAUGAUUCCUUUGAGUAAUUAAUAAAACCUUGACUUGUUUUUUAGCCUAAUUUUCUUGAAAGUGUGUCAAGAAGAGAAUGGCAGAA